AUGACUAUGCAAGCGCCCGAGAACUCGACGUCGGCAGGUGGGAAACUGCGGCGACGAUGGAUGACAAUAAGGGCCAAGGCGAGACUCAGAUCGCCCAACGCAAGUUACGAAACGGUCACCCUAGGAACGAACUCAGCUGUUCCUUGCUCUGUCACCCUAGAGACGGAGCAAAGAACUUCCCUGCGGCCGUGUCGUCUGGCCUGGUGUGCAGGCUUUUCCUCUGCAGUUGUACUCGAAGAUGUACCCAUCGAUUAUUCAUCCUUGAUCUGGUUUAAUUUAAAUAAGAUUGUUCAAAUAUGCAUUCCUCGAAACAGAAAAAUAUUGGACUCAACAGUUAUGGACAUAGACCGUUCUAGAAUUAUGAAAGGAAAUGGGUACUUCUACAAUAAUACUCGUAGAAUUAGUCCCUCAAGAAAAUCUCGUAGAAUUAGGAAAUGGCUUAACCGUUCUCAGAAAAAAGAAGAGAGGAAAUGGCUUCUGGUUGAGCCGAACCAAGUCACCAGUUCGGUCUCCUGUUCCGUCUUCCCAACCCAGGCACCCGGCUCGUCUGGAAACAUGGAGCUGCCACGCCUCCGCCGCUCGCCGCCGGCGCUUCCAGACCACCUCCUCGAGGAAAUCUUCUCCCGCCUCCCUCCCAGCGAACCCUCAUGCCUCCUCCGCGCCUGCCUCGUCUGCAAGCACUGGCGCGACAUCAUCUCCGCCCCUAGCUUCCUCCGCCACCUCCACGCGCACCGCCGGGCACCCAAGAUGCUAGGGUUCCUCCAGCACUCGGAAGGUGAUGAGAAUCUCCCCGUAUACGUGCCCACCUCCCCCUUCUCCUUCCCCGUCCCCGACCCCCGCGCCUGGCACGUCCUCGGCUACCGGCACGGCCGCGCCGUAUUCGUCUCCGAUACUACCGACCGGGAGCUCCUCGUCUGGGAGCCGUUCACGGGCAACCGGUGGAACGUGCCGGUACCCGCGGAACUCAAGAUCGGGCACUCCAACGCCACCGUGCUCUGUACGGCGGAGGGGUGCGACCAUCUCAACUGCCACGGGGGGCCCUUCCGCGUUGUCUUGGUGUUCACCAGCCCCUUCGAGGAGGAAACGGAGUGGCUCACGUCGGCGGCCGUAUACUCGUCGGAGACCGGCGCCUGGGGUGAGGUGGCCUUGGCCUUGCCCUGGCGCGAUGGCUUUUCCUUGCUCUGUGAGAAUCCUGGCCUGCUCGUGGGGAAUUCUCUGCUGUACUUCCUGUACCUUGAUGGGCACAUCCUCGAGUACAACUUGGCUGAGCAUGUCCUCAAUGUGAUCAACCCACCGGAACCGGACAAUGAUGCUGCAUUCUCGCAGAGAGUUAUGCUGGUUCAGGCGGAGGAUGGUGGGCUGGGAAUUGCUAAAGCUGAUGACGGUGGGUGGAAUCAUCUCUACCUCUGGUCAAGGAAGGUCAGUGAAGGAGGUGAUGCAGAAUGGGUGGAGUGCCCGUUCAUGUACCUCGGCGAUUCGCUUCCAUUUGCUGCUAGGUCGUCGUCCUCAAGAAUAACAGUGUUUCUGAUGGGCUUUGUCGAGGGAGCAAAUACCAUUUUGGUGAGCACGGUUGAUGGCUUCUUUUCAAUCGAGCUCCAGUCCAAGCGGGGGAGGAAGAUGUGCAAGGACCGAUGCAGGGCCUACCCUUUGGUUCCAGUUGUCAGCUCCUACUCUAUACUCCGGGUACCUCAAGUUGAGCACGACAGCCUGGGCUCUCCGGACUUCAAUGGUGAGUCAGAUGAUGAGGAGUGGGAGUGGGAAGCACUAAGGCAGGCAGAGUCGCUGUUUUACAGUGGGUCCAUGGCCAUCAAGGAGGGGGACUUUGUUGCCGCUGUUGAUUGCCUCAGCCGCGUCCUGGCGAUCAGUGGAGCAAUCGGGGUGUUUAGUUAUGAUUAUCCCACUCUAUCUCAGAUUACAUUCCGUUCUAUGGAAGUAUCUUAUAACCUCAACAAUAACAAAUCUACUCCUUUGUUGUCACCUAGGGUUGCACAUUAUGGUGAACUUGCUCCGGAAUGUGCUAGUGUGUAUUACAAAUAUGGAUGUGCCUUGCUAUGGAAAGCUCAGAAGGCAACUAAUCCUCUGGGAAACCUUCCCAAGAAGGGUACAAUCAGCAAAGCUCACAGUGAAGAAUGGGAAAACUCAAAUGGCGAAGAUCAGGAGGAUAGGAAGGGUGACAAUGAGAUGGCAGGCGCUGGAGAUGUUUCUGAUGUGGAUCUUGCUGGGAAAAUGCUAGAUACUGCAAGAAUAAUAAUGGAAAAGACCGCAGACAACACUGUGGAGAUAUCAAGAAUCCUUUCUGCUCUCACUGAAGUCUCCAUGGAGAAGAGAAAAAGCAGUACUAUCUGCAUCCUUCCGGAGGUGGGUCUCUGUGGUUUUACGGGUACUAAAUUUUCAGUUAGAUACUUGCUGCAGCAGUUUGACCUCAAUGGUGCUGGAUGGAACUAUGGCAAAAGAACUCCAAACAGCUGCGGACCAGUCCCAGUUAAUCUGCUGACACCGGUUCAUCAGCCAUACCUUGGUGUCCAACAUGUGCAGCAUCAACAAACUGUGAUGAAUCUGGCAUCCCAACCAUCUUCAAGUGCAUUUGCACAACAUAAAAUUCAAACAAGCAUUGGCAAUGCUCAGUGCAAGCAAGCAAUUGAAGGGACAUCAGUAAAAACCAAGUACAAGUACAUCACAUAA